AUGAAUGACGAAACACCAACUGCCAGCACCUCAACAGGUUCGCUUACUUUCUCCAAUGCCAUGCUAUCUCCAGUCGCUGCGUUUUGGCCGACUGAUCCCGUUGUCUGGUUUGCACAGGUGGAAGCCCAAUUUUUAACACGCAAUAUCACAUCUCAAGUCACCAAAUAUGCCUACGUGGUGGCUUCACUGCAACCUGAAAUUGCACAAGAGGUACGCGACCUGCUUGUCAAUCCUCCUACAGCAGAGCCGUACGAUCAACUCAAAGCAGAACUGAUUAAGCGCACUUCAGCUUCUGAGCAAAAACGUUUUCACCAGCUUUUGACUUCAGAGGAACUUGGUGAUAGAAAGCCCUCGCAACUUCUCCGCAAAAUGCGACAACUUCUUGGUGACAAUCGUUUCGAAGACAGCCUAUUGCGAAAAAUAUUUUUAAAUCGGCUGCCUAUCAACGCUCAGCUAAUUUUAGCCUCUACUCCCGAAUCAGUUUCCACUGAAAAUCUAGCAACAUUUGCUGAUAAAAUAAUGGAAGUGGCUACCCCUGCACCCCCUGUUGCUGCUUUUGCUGCCUCCAACACAACACCACCAAGCGAAGUUGCCGAACUCCGUCAGCAAAUAAGCACCUUAUCUGCACAAGUACAAGCUCUGGCCAACCGUUAUACUUCACAACCUCGUUCUGGUCCACGUGGUCGCAGUCCCACUCCAUCACGCUCUCCAUAUCGUCGAAAUUCAAGCACUGAACGUCACGCAAGUUCUCAAUGUUGGUAUCACUGGCGUUUUGGUUCUGCUGCCCGCAAAUGCAAUCCACCAUGCUCCUUCACAUUCAAGCCUUCUGCAUCUCAGCAACAGGAAAACUUCCCCGCCAGCUGCUAG